AUGUACCGCAACGAAAAAGCAUGCGGCAAGGCCAUCGGGAACUCUGGACUCGAUCGCUCUGAGAUCUUCUUCACGACCAAGAUCCCCCCUGGGUCUAUGGGGUAUGAGCGGACUAAGAGGGCUAUUGAGGGGAGUCUUCGUGAGGCGGAACAGGAAUACUUCGAUCUGUACGUCCACGCAAUCCUCAUUCACGCACCCUACGGCGGCAAAGAAGCCCGUCUAGGCUCUUGGCGCGCACUGGCCGAGGCCCAAAAAGCAGGCAAGACCAAAUCGAUCGGCGUCUCCAACUACGGCAUCCACCACCUCGAAGAACUAGAAUCCUACAUCCAAUCCGGUGGCGGCGGCCAAAUCGAUGUCGGCCAGUACGAGCUGCAUCCGUGGCUCGACCACUCGGAUAUCACGGCGUGGCUGCAGCAACGCAAUAUCGUCGUCGAAGCGUACUCGCCUCUUGCGCAUGGGACGCGGUUUGAUGAGGAUGUGCUGCACCGUAUCGGGAAGAAGCAUAAUAAGUCGCCGGCGCAGGUCCUUAUUCGAUGGAGUUUGCAGAUGGGAUUCGUGCCGCUGCCCAAAUCGGUGACCGCACAGCGCAUCCGGGAGAACGCGGACGUGUUCGAUUUCGAGCUGGACGCGCAGGAUAUGAAGAUGUUGGAUACGGGGGAGUAUUCGCCGACAGACUGGGAUCCGACGGUGGAUAAGGAUUAG